AUGGAUGUAAAAGACCGGCGACACCGCUCGCUGACCCGGGGGCGGUGUGGCAAAGAAUGUCGCUACACGAGCUCCUCCCUGGACAGCGAAGACUGCCGGGUGCCCACGCAGAAGUCCUACAGCUCCAGCGAGACCCUGAAGGCCUAUGACCACGACAGCAGGAUGCACUACGGAAACCGGGUCACAGACCUCGUUCACCGGGAGUCAGAUGAGUUUCCGAGACAAGGAACAGACUUCACCCUCGCGGAGCUGGGGAUCUGUGAGCCCUCCCCGCACCGAAGCGGCUACUGUUCCGACAUGGGGAUCCUCCACCAGGGCUACUCGCUGAGCACGGGAUCCGAUGCCGACUCGGACACCGAGGGAGGGAUGUCUCCAGAACACGCCAUCCGACUGUGGGGACGAGGGAUAAAGUCCCGGCGCAGUUCCGGCCUGUCCAGUCGGGAAAACUCAGCCCUCACGCUGACUGAUUCUGACAACGAGAAUAAGUCAGAUGAUGAGAACGAGCAAGAUGCUAGUAAUGAGUCCCAGUCGACUCUGAGGCCACCUCUGCCACCCCCGCACAACCACACACUGUCCCAUCACCACUCGUCCGCCAACUCCCUCAACCGGAACUCGCUAACCAAUCGGCGGAGUCAGAUCCACGCCCCGGCCCCUGCGCCCAAUGACCUGGCCACCACGCCCGAGUCUGUCCAGCUUCAGGACAGCUGGGUGCUCAACAGCAACGUGCCGCUGGAGACCCGGCACUUUCUCUUUAAGACCUCCUCCGGAAGCACGCCCCUGUUUAGCAGCUCCUCUCCGGGAUACCCUCUGACCUCAGGAACCGUGUACACGCCGCCGCCCCGCCUGCUGCCCCGGAACACCUUCUCCAGGAAGGCCUUCAAGCUGAAGAAGCCCUCCAAGUACUGCAGCUGGAAAUGCGCCGCGCUGUCCGCCAUCGGCGCCGCCCUGCUCCUGGCCAUCCUGCUGGCCUAUUUCAUAGCAAUGCAUCUGCUCGGACUCAACUGGCAACUCCAGCCGGCAGAUGGACACACCUUUAACAACGGCAUGAGGACCGGCUUACCCGGGACCGACGAUGUGGCAACGCUGCCAUCUGGAGGCAAAGGUGAGUUAAUGCCCUGGUCCCUGAAAAACAGCAGCAUAGACAGCGGCGAGGCAGAAGUUGGUCGGCGCGUGACCCAAGAAGUACCACCGGGCGUGUUUUGGAGAUCACAGAUUCACAUCAGUCAACCCCAGUUCCUCAAGUUCAACAUCUCCCUCGGGAAGGAUGCUCUGUUCGGUGUUUACAUAAGAAGGGGACUCCCACCGUCUCAUGCCCAGUAUGACUUCAUGGAGCGCCUGGACGGCAAGGAGAAGUGGAGUGUGGUGGAGUCACCCAGGGAGCGCCGGAGCAUCCAGACCCUGGUUCAGAACGAGGCCGUGUUUGUGCAGUACCUGGACGUGGGCCUGUGGCACCUGGCCUUCUACAACGAUGGCAAAGACAAAGAGAUGGUCUCCUUCAACACCGUCGUCUUAGAUUCAGUGCAGGACUGCCCACGUAACUGCCACGGAAACGGAGAGUGUGUGUCCGGGCUGUGCCACUGCUUCCCUGGGUUCCUAGGAGCCGACUGUGCCAAAGCUGCCUGCCCUGUCCUGUGCAGCGGGAACGGCCAGUACUCUAAAGGGACGUGCCAGUGCUACAGCGGCUGGAAAGGUGCCGAGUGCGACGUGCCCAUGAAUCAGUGCAUCGAGCCUUCCUGCGGGGGCCACGGCUCCUGCAUCGACGGGAACUGCGUCUGCUCUGCGGGCUACAAAGGGGAGCACUGUGAGGAAGUCGAUUGCUUGGAUCCCACCUGCUCCAGCCACGGGGUCUGUGUGAACGGAGAGUGUCUCUGCAGCCCCGGCUGGGGCGGCCUGAACUGUGAGCUGGCGAGGGUCCAGUGCCCAGACCAGUGCAGCGGGCACGGCACUUACCUCCCCGACACCGGCCUCUGCAGCUGCGAUCCCAACUGGAUGGGUCCCGACUGCUCCGUUGAAGUGUGCUCAGUAGACUGUGGCACGCACGGCGUCUGCAUCGGGGGAGCCUGCCGCUGUGAAGAGGGCUGGACAGGCGCCGCUUGUGACCAGCGCGUGUGCCACCCCCGCUGCACUGAGCACGGGACCUGUAAAGAUGGCAAAUGUGAAUGCCGAGAGGGCUGGAAUGGUGAACACUGCACCAUUGAUGGCUGCCCCGAUCUGUGCAACGGCAAUGGGAGAUGCACCCUGGGUCAGAACAGCUGGCAGUGUGUCUGCCAGACCGGCUGGAGAGGGCCCGGAUGCAACGUUGCCAUGGAAACCUCCUGCGCUGAUAACAAGGAUAAUGAGGGAGAUGGCCUGGUGGAUUGCCUGGACCCUGACUGCUGCCUGCAGUCGGCCUGUCAGAACAGCCUGCUCUGCCGGGGAUCCCGGGACCCCCUGGACAUCAUUCAGCAGGGCCAGACAGACUCGCCCGCAGUGAAGUCCUUCUACGACCGCAUCAAGCUCUUGGCGGGCAAAGACAGCACCCACAUCAUCCCUGGAGACAACCCCUUCAACAGCAGCUUGGUUUCGCUCAUCCGGGGCCAAGUCGUAACUACCGAUGGCACCCCCCUGGUUGGUGUGAACGUGUCUUUUGUCAAGUACCCAAAAUACGGCUACACCAUCACCCGCCAAGAUGGCACGUUUGACCUGAUCGCCAAUGGGGGCGCCUCCUUGACCCUGCACUUUGAGCGAGCGCCAUUCAUGAGCCAGGAGCGCACCGUGUGGCUGCCGUGGAACAGCUUCUACGCCAUGGACACCCUGGUGAUGAAGACCGAGGAGAACUCCAUCCCUAGCUGUGACCUCAGCGGCUUUGUCCGGCCAGAUCCAAUCAUCAUCUCUUCCCCGCUGUCCACCUUCUUCAGCGCCGCCCCUGGGCAGAAUCCCAUCGUGCCCGAGACCCAGGUUCUUCAUGAAGAGAUUGAGCUCCCUGGUUCCAACGUGAAGCUUCGCUACCUGAGCUCCAGGACCCCAGGCUACAAGUCGCUGUUGAAGAUCACCAUGACCCAGUCCACGGUGCCCCUGAACCUCAUCAAGGUCCACCUGAUGGUAGCCGUAGAGGGACACCUCUUCCAGAAGUCAUUCCAGGCCUCUUCCAACCUGGCCUACACCUUCAUCUGGGACAAGACAGACGCAUACGGCCAAAGGGUGUACGGACUCUCUGACGCUGUUGUGUCUGUGGGGUUCGAGUAUGAGACCUGCCCCAGCCUCAUCCUGUGGGAGAAGAGGACAGCCCUGCUGCAGGGGUUCGAGCUGGACCCGUCCAACCUCGGCGGCUGGUCCCUGGACAAACAUCACAUCCUCAACGUUAAAAGUGGCAUCCUGCACAAGGGCACCGGGGAGAACCAGUUCCUGACCCAGCAGCCCGCCAUCAUCACCAGCAUCAUGGGCAACGGCCGCCGCCGGAGCAUCUCCUGCCCCAGCUGCAACGGCCUGGCCGAGGGCAACAAGCUGCUGGCCCCCGUGGCGCUGGCUGUGGGCAUCGACGGGAGCCUCUUCGUUGGCGACUUCAAUUACAUCCGGCGCAUCUACCCCUCUCGAAACGUGACCAGCAUCCUGGAGUUACGCAACAACCCGGCACACAAGUACUACUUGGCGGUGGACCCCGUGUCUGGCUCUCUCUUCGUGUCUGACACCAACAGUCGGCGAAUCUACAGAGUCAAGUCUCUGAGUGGAGCCAAAGACCUGGCCGGGAACUCGGAGGUCAUGGCAGGGACUGGGGAGCAAUGCUUGCCCUUCGAUGAAGCCCGCUGCGGGGACGGAGGGAAGGCUGUGGAUGCAACGCUCAUGAGCCCCCGAGGGAUCGCGGUAGACAAGAAUGGCCUCAUGUACUUUGUCGAUGCCACCAUGAUCCGGAAGGUCGACCAGAAUGGGAUCAUCUCCACCCUGCUGGGCUCCAAUGACCUCACCGCCGUCCGCCCACUGAGCUGUGAUUCCAGCAUGGAUGUGGCCCAGGUUCGCCUGGAGUGGCCAACAGACCUUGCUGUCAACCCCAUGGACAACUCCCUGUAUGUUCUGGAAAACAACGUCAUCCUUCGCAUCACUGAGAACCACCAGGUCAGCAUCAUCGCGGGACGCCCCAUGCACUGCCAGGUCCCGGGCAUCGACUACUCGCUCAGCAAACUGGCCAUCCACUCCGCCCUGGAGUCGGCCAGCGCCAUCGCCAUCUCUCACACCGGGGUCCUCUAUAUCACCGAGACGGACGAGAAGAAGAUUAACCGUCUGCGCCAGGUCACCACCAACGGGGAGAUCUGCCUCCUAGCGGGCGCGGCCUCUGACUGUGACUGCAAGAACGACGUCAACUGCAACUGCUACUCCGGAGAUGACGCCUACGCCACGGACGCCAUCCUGAAUUCCCCGUCCUCCUUGGCCGUAGCCCCCGACGGCACCAUCUACAUCGCGGACCUCGGAAACAUUCGGAUCAGGGCGGUCAGCAAGAACAAGCCCGUCCUCAAUGCUUUCAACCAGUACGAGGCGGCGUCGCCCGGAGAACAGGAGCUGUAUGUCUUCAACGCCGACGGCAUCCACCAGUACACCGUGAGCCUGGUCACGGGGGAGUACCUGUACAAUUUCACAUACAGCGCUGACAGUGAUGUCACUGAACUGAUCGACAACAGUGGGAACUCACUGAAGAUCCGCCGCGAUGGCAGUGGCGUAGCGCGGCACCUGCUCAUGCCCGACAACCAGAUCAUCACCCUCACCGUGGGCGCCAACGGAGGUCUCAAAGUGGUGUCCACGCAGAACCUGGAGCUUGGCCUCAUGACCUACGAUGGGAACACCGGCCUCCUCGCCACCAGGAGCGAUGAAACAGGCUGGACAACGUUCUAUGACUAUGACCACGAGGGCCGUCUGACCAAUGUGACACGCCCCACAGGGGUGGUGACCAGUCUGCACCGGGAAAUGGAGAAAUCCAUCACCAUUGACAUCGAGAACUCCAACCGCGAUGAUGACGUCACUGUCAUCACCAACCUGUCUUCAGUGGAAGCCUCCUACACAGUGGUACAAGAUCAAGUGCGGAACAGCUACCAGCUCUGUAACAACGGUACCCUGAGGGUGAUGUAUGCCAACGGGAUGGGUGUCAGCUUCCACAGUGAGCCCCACGUCUUGGCGGGCACCAUCACCCCCACCAUUGGGCGCUGCAACAUCUCCCUGCCCAUGGAGAACGGCCUGAACUCCAUCGAGUGGCGCCUGAGAAAGGAGCAGAUUAAAGGCAAAGUCACCAUCUUUGGCAGAAAGCUCCGGGUCCAUGGAAGGAAUCUCUUGUCCAUUGACUAUGACCGGAAUAUUCGAACAGAAAAGAUCUACGAUGAUCACCGGAAGUUCACCCUGAGGAUCAUUUACGACCAGGUGGGCCGCCCCUUCCUCUGGCUCCCCAGCAGCGGGCUGGCCGCCGUCAACGUCUCGUACUUCUUCAACGGACGCUUGGCGGGCCUGCAGCGCGGGGCCAUGAGCGAGAGGACAGACAUCGACAAGCAAGGCCGGAUCGUGUCGCGCAUGUUUGCCGAUGGCAAAGUGUGGAGCUACUCCUACCUUGACAAGUCCAUGGUCCUCCUGCUUCAGAGUCAGCGCCAGUAUAUAUUUGAGUAUGACUCCUCCGACCGUCUGCACGCCGUCACCAUGCCCAGCGUCGCCCGGCACAGCAUGUCCACGCACACCUCCAUUGGCUACAUCCGCAACAUUUACAACCCUCCCGAAAGCAACGCUUCGGUCAUCUUUGACUACAGUGAUGAUGGCCGCAUCCUGAAGACGUCCUUUUUGGGCACCGGGCGCCAGGUGUUCUACAAGUAUGGGAAACUCUCCAAGUUAUCGGAGAUCGUCUAUGACAGUACCGCCGUCACUUUCGGGUACGAUGAGACCACUGGUGUUUUGAAGAUGGUCAACCUCCAAAGUGGGGGCUUCUCCUGCACCAUCCGGUACCGGAAGAUUGGCCCACUGGUGGACAAGCAGAUCUACAGGUUUUCUGAGGAAGGCAUGGUUAAUGCCAGGUUUGACUACACCUAUCAUGACAACAGCUUCCGGAUUGCGAGCAUUAAGCCCGUCAUAAGUGAAACUCCCCUUCCUGUGGACCUCUACCGCUACGACGAGAUAUCUGGCAAGGUGGAACACUUCGGCAAGUUUGGAGUUAUCUAUUAUGACAUCAACCAGAUCAUUACCACUGCCGUGAUGACCCUCAGCAAACACUUUGACACCCAUGGACGGAUCAAGGAAGUUCAGUAUGAGAUGUUCAGGUCCCUCAUGUACUGGAUGACGGUGCAGUACGACAGCAUGGGAAGAGUGAUCAAGAGGGAGCUAAAACUGGGGCCUUAUGCCAACACCACCAAGUAUACCUAUGACUAUGACGGGGAUGGGCAGCUCCAGAGUGUGGCUGUCAAUGACCGCCCAACCUGGCGCUACAGCUAUGACCUCAAUGGGAACCUUCACUUGCUGAACCCGGGCAAUAGUGUGCGCCUUAUGCCCUUGCGCUAUGACCUCCGGGAUCGGAUAACCAGACUUGGGGACGUGCAGUACAAAAUUGACGAUGAUGGCUAUCUGUGCCAGCGAGGGGCUGACAUCUUCGAGUACAACUCCAAGGGCCUCCUCACGAGAGCCUACAACAAGGCCAGUGGGUGGAGCGUCCAGUACCGCUAUGAUGGUGUGGGGCGGCGGGCUUCCUACAAGACCAACCUGGGCCACCAUCUGCAAUAUUUCUACUCUGAUCUCCACAACCCAACUCGCAUCACCCAUGUCUACAAUCACUCCAACUCCGAGAUAACCUCGCUCUACUAUGACCUCCAGGGUCACCUCUUUGCCAUGGAGAGCAGUAGUGGGGAGGAGUACUACGUUGCCUCAGAUAAUACAGGGACUCCCCUGGCUGUGUUCAGCAUCAAUGGUCUUAUGAUCAAACAGUUGCAGUACACAGCCUAUGGGGAGAUUUAUUAUGACUCCAACCCUGACUUCCAGAUGGUCAUUGGCUUCCAUGGGGGGCUCUAUGACCCCCUGACCAAGCUGGUCCACUUCACUCAACGUGAUUAUGACGUGCUGGCUGGACGAUGGGCCUCUCCAGACUACACCAUGUGGAAGAAUGUGGGCAAGGAGCCAGCCCCCUUUAACCUAUAUAUGUUCAAGAGCAACAAUCCUCUCAGCAAUGAGCUGGAUUUGAAGAACUACGUGACAGAUGUGAAAAGCUGGCUUGUGAUGUUUGGAUUUCAGCUCAGCAACAUAAUCCCUGGCUUCCCAAGAGCCAAAAUGUACUUCGUGCCUCCUCCCUACGAACUGUCGGAGAGUCAAGCCAGUGAGAACGGGCAGCUCAUCACAGGGGUCCAGCAGACGACGGAGCGGCACAACCAGGCCUUCCUGGCUCUCGAGGGGCAGGUCAUUUCUAAAAAGCUGCACGCCAGCAUCCGAGAGAAAGCCGGCCACUGGUUUGCCACCACCACGCCCAUCAUCGGCAAGGGCAUCAUGUUCGCCAUCAAAGAAGGGCGGGUGACCACCGGCGUGUCCAGCAUCGCCAGCGAGGACAGCCGCAAGGUGGCCUCCGUGCUCAACAACGCCUACUACCUGGACAAAAUGCACUACAGCAUCGAGGGCAAAGACACCCACUACUUCGUGAAGAUCGGCUCAGCCGACGGCGACCUGGUCACGCUGGGCACCACCAUCGGCCGCAAGGUGCUGGAGAGCGGGGUGAACGUGACCGUGUCGCAGCCCACGCUGCUGGUCAACGGCAGGACUCGAAGGUUCACCAACAUUGAAUUCCAGUACAACACCCUGCUGCUGAGCAUCCGCUACGGCCUCACCCCCGACACCCUGGACGAAGAGAAGGCCCGCGUGCUGGACCAGGCCCGACAGCGGGCGCUGGGCACCGCCUGGGCCAAGGAGCAGCAGAAAGCCAGGGACGGGAGAGAGGGGAGCCGCCUGUGGACUGAGGGUGAGAAGCAGCAGCUCCUGAGCACGGGCCGUGUGCAGGGCUACGAGGGCUACUACGUGCUUCCUGUGGAGCAGUACCCAGAACUCGCGGACUGUAGCAGCAACAUCCAGUUCCUAAGACAGAAUGAGAUGGGAAAGAGGUAACAAAAUCGCCGGCUGCCAUUCCUUGUCUGGAUGGCUCAACGGGAGUGACUGUCCUCUCCUCUCCUAAGGAGACGAACACCUAACAGGGGCACUGCGGCCGGGCUGCUUUGGGCUCCAGUGGCAAACAAACUCACAUUUUCUGAGUUCCGAUGCUACUGUCCCAGCCGGACGUCCCACAUCCCAAAGCAGACUGAAGCCCGGCGGAAAAUUCCGAGGAAAACACAACCAACGAACGAAUGAAUGAAUGAAUGGACGGACACACACAAUGUUCCAAGUUCCCCUAAAAUAUGACCCACUUGUUCUGGGUCUACACAGAAAAGAGACGCAGAAGGAACAAAGAACA